CUGUUGUUCGAUACCUUAUAGUUCGGCCAAACUGAAACCGAAUCACCUGCGGGAUUACUUUACAUGCUGGAACAGAGCUGCGCCUUUAUCCUCCAAUGGAAGCUGCAGAUAAUCCACAGGGGCGAGAUGGUGCCAGUCAGAGGCGCUCCCCCCUCGAUGUCCUCAUGAGUCAGAUCCGGAAGAAGCGCUCAGACAGGAAGCCACUGGGUCGCUUCUUGUCCUGGACCUCAGAGCGGACCGGGAUCCCUGAGGAUGAGCCGGACUGCAGAGAGGAAAACCGACCGAGUCCAGCACCUGCAGAGGGCGAGGGGGACGUGGGCUGGGGGCGAGUGUGCGCUUUCCUACAGAAGCUGGGGAGGAAAGCCGACAGUCGGAGCCUGAGCCUGAGCCACUGUGACCUGACGGCCACAGACCUGCUGGAGCUCGCAUCUUUGCUGCAGUCGCUCCCGCAGCUUGAGGAGGUGGAUGUGUCCUGGAAUGACCUGAUUGGUGGAAGCCUGACAGCAAUAACCUCACACUUCCAGCUGGUGGGCGGGGUCAGGACGCUGAGGCUCUGCGGCUGCAGGCUGGAUGGGGAGGAUGCAGCGGCUCUGGGGGAAGCUCUCGCCUGCAUUCCUCUGUUGGAGAUCCUUGAUUUGUCCUGGAACGGUGGUGUUGGAGGUGGUGCUCUGCAAAACCUGCUGGGAAAACUGCAGCCUCCUCUGAGAGAGCUCCACCUAGUGGCCUGUCAGCUUACAGACGCAGAUUCCUCAGCAUUAGGGGGAAUGGUGGCCACUCUUCCCAGACUCUGCGUUCUGGACGUCUCCUGUAACCCCCAGCUGUCAGAGGAUUCAAACGGCGUGGGCUUCCGUCAGUUUGCAGCCGCCCUUUCCAAGGCCACGCCCCUCACCACACUCCGCCUACAGGCUUGUGGCCUGACUGCAGACAGUCUUGCUGCUCUCAGCGCCUCCCUCUGCAGCCUCCCCUCCCUGCGAGAGCUAGACCUGUCCUGCAACAAGCACCUGUCCGGAGGCCUGAGCCACCUCACCUUCCACCUGGCUCACGUGGCUCACCUGGAGAGCCUGGACCUGCACCUGUGUGCUCUGACGCGCGCCGACCUGGAGGCUUUGAUCCAGGCGCUGCCCACCCUGACGGCGCUGACGCAGCUCGACCUGUCGUCCAACAUGGAGGUGGGGGGCGUGGUCCAUCCACUGGUCUCCUCCCUCCCCCUGACCCAAAUGAGGCGGCUGCCGCUCAACAGCUGCAGCCUGAGCCAGGAGUCCUUCACUGCUCUGACUCUGGCAGUGCCUCACCUGCGCAGCGUGGACGUGUCCUGGUGUAAAGUGGUCGGCGGUCGCCUGGCGCUGCUGCUGGACGCGCUGCAGCCGUCUGUCAUCGUGGAGCUCCGCCUCAGCAGCUGCAGGCUCAGCGCAGACGACCUGCAUCACCUCGCUGCAGUCUGCAGGCGAGGCUCUCUGUCCUCUCUGAGAGUUCUGGAUCUGUCCUACAACGACUCGGUGGCGGACGACGGCUGGUCCGCCGUGUUCGCAGCGGGAGGUCUGGCUUCGCUGGAGGACCUGGACCUCAGUCUGAGGCCUUCGGCGUCUGCUUCCUGCAGCGCCUGGCUCCCCGCUCUGAUCCACGCCCUGCCUCAAAUGCCGGCGCUGACCCGGCUGGCGCUGCAGCGGUGGACCGCCACGUCUCAGGAGAGACGGAGGCUUAUCCACGGCACGAAGACGAGAGCUCUCCUGGUGGAUUGGGAUUCAGACACGACAGACUCAACGUUCCAGUCAAGUGGUCAUGACACGCCUGAGGAGUGAGGACCGGCCCACAAAAGAUCAGGUACCACACCUGUCCUAGAUGUCCUUCAUCAGCAGCAGGACUGGAGACUGUCAUCGGAACUUGAGACUCACUAUUUGAUGUUUUAUUCAUUUAAAUUAAAUUUUUAUCUGAAGAAAAAUAUCAGGCUGCAGCAAACAUGAAGGUGAGAGGAAUCCACUAGAGAAAAGAUCACACAUCAGAGGAAGAACAUGAAGUUCCUUACAUUUGAUUUGAUGUCUGAUUCAGCUGAUGAAAUGAUGCAGCAGCAGCUUUCUGUCUGAAGGGACUUUCUGGGAGAAAAUCUUCUCCAGAUUUCAAGUCCAAAUGGAAUAAAAACCUGGCGGCUGCUGUCGA